AUGUUUGGAGCACCACCCCAACCAUCCAAGCAGGAGCUUGCUGCGGCCGAAGCACAGACUAUGACCGAUAUCAAGUGGACAGCAGCCAGCGCUGUUGUGCUUUAUUUCUCACCUCAUCUCGUCGAAUACGUCUCGAAGCUCUUCUGA